CUUAAGAGGGCUCUCUCUAUAUAUGCCUACGCAUUGCACUCUUCAGUUGCGUUGGUAUUUUUGGUUUAGCUGCUUUCCGCGACCCGGCGUGAAUCCGCCGGACGGAAAGCACACGAGUGGAAGCGAGUUCUUGAAGGUGGAGCGGUUCCUCGAAAGGCCACGCCGACCCCUUCCACCUCGCAGCCCAUUCUCCGCCUCAAUGGAUUCAAGGGGAGAGGAGGCCGGCGUGAAUCCGCCGGACGGGACACGCCCGGACAUCUACGAGCUCUUCUGCCAUUACAACGCCCUCUACUUCCGCGACGCCCUCGGCGCCUGUGCCCUCUCCUGGGCCUCCUCCUCGCCUUACCCCAGCUAUGCUGCCUACUGUCACUAUUAUGAUGGUGGCGGUUGUGAGAUACACCUGUCUAAGCCCUUGUUGAAGACCUGCACUGCUUCUGAUCUUAAAAAUGUUUUACUACAUGAGAUGAUUCAUGCUUUCCUCUGGAUUGAGUACAAUAACAAGGAUCACAGUGACCAUGGUCCAAGUUUCCAGGAUAUGAUGAAUUCAAUAAACUCCAACUCAGUUAUAGAUCCUCAGAGACCGAUAGGAGGAUACAACAUCACGAUCGAUCAUGGGUUUCAGAAGGACCAUAAUGAUGAUGGAGUUCACCAAUGGAUUUGUGAACUGUGUGGUGAGGUAAUCUUGUCAACCACAAAUAGAGGACCUUCAGCCGAUGACUGCAUCGAAAAUGUGGGGCCUGAUGCAUUUUGUGACAACCCAUUAUGUCACUGGCAUAGCCAUAACAAGCAGUGCAGUGGUAGAUACUCUAAAUGUGGGCCACCUGAAUGUUACGGUGACAAAACUAGUUCAAGAGGCAAACAAGAGUGUCAUGAGAACAGGACUGAAAAAUUGCCCCAUCUAGCUGGACAGACCAAACAAAGAUUACAUAAAACAGGACAAAAGAAGGAUAAGCACAAUGGCCAAAAAAAUAAUUUAGCCAAGUAUUUGCUGCCUUCAGGUGAUGCAACUCAAAGUUCAGCGAAUACUUCUUCCUCUAGAGAUGAUUCUUGCAAGGAAAUUAAUUUUGAACAGUUGAAACGCGACCCAGAAAUGCAGUGCACUGUGGCAGCAGGAGGCCGUAAACGAAGAAAAAAAUGUGUUUCCAAGAAGCAUGUUUCUACUCGCCCAAAAAGAAGAAAGCUGACAAGAUGUGACAACAAAUGCACAGUUGUAAUUGAAUGGUUGGGCUUAUUCGAAGAUGAGGAAGCUGAAGAUGACUCAGAACCUCUGGUAAAUAAAAGGUCAGAGAGGAGGAAGAAGCAAAAGCUACUGAGUGGUAUUAAGGAUUGAAAUGCGCAAACUGAAGUUAUCUAUCAUGCCACCUCCUUUCAGAUGGGUUGCAGCAGAGAUGACAGAGAUAAACAUGCUAUAGAUGAGCAAGAGAGACAUCUGAUUUUGAGCAACAAUCAUCUGACAGGAAGCCUUGAAAUACAUGCUAAGGACUGGCACACCAUGAAAGCUGCAUCCAAAGAUGAGAUUGGUUGCCUUCCCAACCGGCUGAUGAUGUGCUCCCAGAAUGCAGUGUAACUGGAUAUAUGGAUGUUAAGAUGUAUGAUGACUCCUUCGAAAUCACUGGUUAUUGUGGAUAUCUCAGAUGGCUAGUGGCAAAAAUUUCCUCCGAAUUUGUGGUAUCUUCUUCCAUCUGCAUCUAUUUGCACUAGGAAACACAGUACAUAUGCUUGCAAGCUCAUUUUAAGCUGUGCACGAGGCUCACAAGGCUCCUGUAAUAUAUAGAAUCUGGAGAGGAUUGAUUAGUAUGGGAAACCUUAAGCUUGCCAGCAGAAAGACUAUGAUGUCAAGAUUCAUUCUCUUAGUAAGCAUCCCAAGUAACUUAGCCAAACAAAUACAGGCACUAAGAUCUCUGGGCAGCAGGAAAUUAUACCUUCUUCCUAUGUGGUUUUACUUCCACGUGCCAUAAGAGAAUAUGAUUCUAACAUCAAUUGUAGUGUUUUUUUUUUCCUUUCUAAUUUAGGACGAUUUUAGAGCAAUUAUUCGUC